AUGGAAUCCGCAAAGGAUAGCGAAACCACACUUCCGGCGCAAUCGCUCGGUGUCAACUACAAGAGUACGGUCCAAGAUGCGCAACUACCGGUGGGCGAAAGACCCCAGGAAACCUCCGAUUCGAAGCCCAAUGAGAAUGAGCCCAAAUGGAUUCACGGGAUCGCCCUAGCGAUGGUGAUCAGUGCCGUCACACUGGUGGUGUUUCUGAUGUUGCUAGACGUGUCGAUUGUGUCGACGGCAAUCCCGCAUAUCACCAGUGAAUUCCAUUCUCUCGAUGAUGUCGCCUGGUACGGUAGCGCGUAUACGAUAGCCAGUGCCUCCCUCCAGCCCCUCACUGGCAAAUUCUAUAGCAAUUUCCAACAAAAAUGGACCUUCCUCAGCUUCUUCGCCGUGUUCGAGCUGGGAUCGCUCAUCUGCGGUGUCGCUACCUCAUCAAAGAUGCUGAUCGUUGGGCGAGCAGUGGCUGGAAUGGGGUCUUCAGGCAUGGUGAACGGUGCGCUUAACAUCAUAGCCAGUUCUCUUCCGAUGCAUCGAAGACCUACAUUCAUGGGCAUCAUGAUGGGAAUUUCACAACUUGGAAUGGUACUUGGCCCGCUCAUUGGCGGUGCAUUUACUACGUAUUCGACUUGGCGAUGGUGCUUCUAUAUCAAUCUGCCUAUUGGAGGGCUUGUCGCCAUUCUACUUGUCUUCACCACCAUCCCUGAGCCGCCCGGCAAGCCAAAGGUCGGAGAUGUUUUUCGCUGGGUUAUCGUGAAGAAGUUCGACCUAUUUGGAUUCAUUCUCUUCGCACCCGCUGCCAUUAUGUUGUUAUUGGCCCUGCAAUGGGGCGGAAGCAAAUUCGCUUGGAAGAGUUCCACCAUCAUUGGGCUGUUUUGCGGUUCCGCUGCGACCUUUUUUGUCUUCGGUCUCUGGGAGCGGCGUAUGGGCGCUGAAGCAAUGAUCCCAGGAAAGAUGGUGAAACAACGAAUCAUCUGGUGUAGCUGCCUGGCGAUGGGCACGAUGUUUGGGAUGACCAUGAUUUUGGCGUAUUACUUGCCAAUCUACUUUCAGUCCGUGCGAGGCAAAUCCGCCCUCGUCAGUGGUGUCGACUUGCUUCCCCAAAUCCUCUGUCAGUUGGUGAUGGCAGUGUCGUCUGGGAUUCUGACCGGCAGACUCGGAUACUACCUUCCCUGGGGCAUUUUUGGUGCAACGCUGAGCUGCAUCGGUUGUGGUCUCCUUUCAAUGCUCUCCCCCACCACGGUUACCAGGGAUUGGGCGGGAUAUGAGGCCCUUGUCGGGUUUGGUCGCGGCGCUGCGACUCAGGUGCCCAUGAUUGCGAUUCAAAACGCCGUGCCCCCGAACGAGAUCUCCACGGCUAUGGCCAUUUUGACAUUCAGCCAGACCUUCGGAGGCUCCAUCUUUCUCGCGGUUGGCGAAGUUAUUUUCACGGCCGGACUACGGAAGAAGAUCCCGGAGUAUGCACCCAGCAUUAACCCCGAAACCGUCAUCUCCGCCGGCGCGACUGGGUUCCGGGAGGUGGUUCCAGCCAAAGAUCUCCUGUCCGUGCUAGUCGCAUAUUCAAAAGCGAUCGACGAGGUCAUUUAUCUCGGCACUGCACUCUGCGUUGCUCAGUUUAUCUUUUCAUGGGGCAUGGGCUGGAAGAACAUCAAAAAGGGGAAGCAAGCCAACCAGACCGCGGAGUCUAAAGAAGAGGUUUAA